GAGAAGUUUGUUCAGUUGAGAAGACAUGCUCGUCUGUAAUGAUCACAUCCACCAUACAUGGUGUUGAUUGUGCAGUUAAAAAUCUAAACGGUAUCAAUUACACAACGAUCGAACAAUACCUCACGCUUUCAAUUUCUUCUUACCUUGAAUAUGAGAAAAGGGAAGCCUAGGUAGUCGAGGUUAACAAGAAGUAAAUGACAGAAAAAUGGCAGUAACCGAACUUUUUCUCUACAUUGCCAUUGGCAUUGCUGGUGCCGUGUUGCUGGUGUCCAGUUUUGUGCUGUUCCGCGCCUGUCAAAGAAGGAAGAAGAUCGAAAACCUGGCUGGGGAGCGGCGUAAGAAAUUGCAGCUAGGUCUGAUGGAAUCCGGUUCUCGAGUUGGUGAUGGACUCAAAAAUAAGAUGAAAAACAGUGGAAGCAACAGCAAUCCUGGAAGCUUAUUGAUGGAAGCUUCCACUUACAGCAGGAAUAUUCUCACAGUUUUGGCGAAGGAAGAUGAAAUCAGGGUGAAGAACUCUAGUGGCCCCACUGGUGUUGAGUCUCCCUCUGGUGUAGCCGAACAAGAUAGUGCAGAUCCAAGCGAUUCUCCAGUACCUGUAGCUGUACCAAGACCAAGAAACACGUCGGAGAAGAAGCAGAAGCAAGAGAUACCGAUACGGGAAGGAAAAGAGGCAACGUGAAGAUGAAAUAGAAAGUGUUGAAGGCCUCUUUGUCUUUUUCGGAUCCUGAUUCUGAUCUUCUUUGUUUUCUUGCAAAGAAGAACGCUGUGGAGAAGAACUACUCAAUAUCUUUGGAUACUAAAUCUUCAAUAUAUAAUAAAUAGCACACUUCGUAAGAGGGAUGUUGGAUGGCAUGGAUGGCAUGGCAUGCAUUGCGUGAGCCAUAAACAUCCCUCCCAAGAAUUCCAAAUGCACACCUCUCAUGUAUAGUGUGUAACUCCGCUGCUGCGGCUGACAAAGAGCAU